AACUUGAAACCAGAAGCAACUUCAUACGAGAGCGCUCUCACUUUUAUGCUUGGAUGGCGUAUAUCUCACCAUAUCCAACUUCCCAAACCCGAAGCAGAAAUUUAGAAACUACAAUUUUGUAACUCUUGUUCUCAGCUAUUCACGCGGUCACAUCAUAAUAUCAGUGCAAAAAAAAGGGGGGAAAGGCCGCAUUUUCAAUUUUCUCUCUCACCUCGUCUGCCUCAAACGAGUUACGACAGACACACCAACCAUGCCCAUCACCAUCCUCGCGCCCAGACCCUCCCGCCCCAUCCGCGCCGACCCGGAAGAUAAUGUCUCCUCCGCCUCCGACACCGACUCAGAAGCAGGCGGAGUCGAGCUAGACGGCGACCUGCCCAUGACCACCCGCCCGUCCAAACGAGCCCGCCUCACCACCAGCACCGCCUCCGACAUCGUCACCCCAGGCGAGCUCAUCACCGACGACCCCCAAUGGAUGCGCGGCCACGGCACGUAUGUGACGCCCGCCACGACGGCCAUCAUCUCGUCGGUGGCCGGCACCAUCACGCGCACCAACAAGCUCCUCUCGGUCCGCCCGCUGCGCGCGCGGUACACGCCCGAGGUAGGCGACCUCGUCGUGGGGCGUAUCGUCGAGGUGCAAGCCAAGCGGUGGCGCGUCGACGUCGGCUCGACGCAGCUCGCCUCGUUACCGCUCAGCGCCAUCAACCUGCCGGGCGGCAUUUUGCGCAAGCGGACCGAGACAGACGAGUUGCAGAUCCGCACCUUCUUCGCUGAGGGUGACUUGCUCGUGGCCGAGGUGCAGCAGUUAUUCGCCGACGGCGGGGCGGUGCUGCACACGCGCUCGCUCAAGUACGGCAAGCUGCGCAACGGUGUGUUCGUCGCCGUCAGCGGGACAGGGGGUGGAGGCGGGGUGGUCAGGAGCCGGCGGCAGGUGUGGACCAUGGAUGCGGCGAACGGGGGCGGGCAAAUUGAUGUGGUGUUGGGCGUAAACGGGUACGUGUGGAUCAGCAAGCACGUCGAGACGGCCGAAGCGGACGGCAACAGUAAGGCGGCGGGGAUCACGAAUAUGGAGGAGAAUGUCAGCACGACCAUGUACUCGAGCCAGAACGACCGGAUCGAGGUUGAAACUAUGAGGGAGAUUGCGAGGCUGCGGGGGGUGGUGACGGCGCUGGUGGAGAACGGUCUGCGGGUGGAUGAGGACAUGGUCAUGAGGGGUUAUCAUGAGGCCGUGGAGAUGGCCAUGGUGUCGGCCGGAGGGCCGGACGACAUCUACCUUGGGGGUGAGAUGGGGCAGCAGUUGGCCGCGGCACUCAAGGGGACGUAAUCUAGAGCUCGGCGUUUUGCCAGAAAAAUAUCAAAAGCUGGGCUCUGAGGUUCCUGCUGAGCCCAUCCCGUUACUACAAGCUAUUUAACGCAAGAAACGUGGCUUAAUGAUGCCUGGUAUCUUCUGAAAACAAAGCAACUAAAAGGGACCCUGUGAUCAUUCCAUAGAGGUGUUGAUGGAGAAAGGGAAAAUGACCCUGAGUGUGUCAAAUGCAAUGGACCUGUA